CAAAAGACCCAUCCAUCCCAAACCCAAACACGCACAGCACGUCAACACCCUCCAAAUCAACAAAACCGCCAAGAACUGAAUAUCAGAGUGUGUCGAAAAAUCAUGGCUUGUGCAUCCCAGUCGAUCAUUUCAGCGAACACAUCAUGUGCAUUUUCUUCACCGAGGUUGUUGAGGAGAUAUGGCAAAUUGACCCCGAAUUUAAAGCUCUUCACUGUCAGAGCUUCCUCUGAUGACGCUGAAGAUUGUAAUGAUGAAGAGUGUGCCCCUGAUAAGGAGGUUGGCAAGGUUAGUAUGGAAUGGGUUGCCUCUGAGAAGACCAAAGUUGUCGGGACAUUUCCACCUCGUAAACGGGGAUGGACUGGCUAUGUGGAGAAGGACACUGCUGGGCAGACCAACAUAUACUCGGUUGAGCCCACAGUGUACGUAGCAGAAAGUGCAAUAAGCUCAGGAACUGUGGGUGCUUCUGCUGAUGGAGCUGAAAAUACAGCUGCUAUCGUGGCUGGCAUUGGCCUUAUCUCUAUUGCUGCAGCUUCAUCAAUACUCCUCCAAGUUGGUAAGAACCCACCACAGAUACAGACAAUGGAAUACAAUGGACCAUCUCUCACUUACUACAUCAACAAAUUUAAACCCCCAGAUGUGAUUCAAGCUGCAGUACCAGACCAAGUUGAAUCUUCACCAUCUAUUCAACGAGAGAGCUCUGCCCCAGUUACCCAGAUAGAGGUUUAAUCUGAAAAUCAACCAGAGCCUUCUCCUCCAACUCUGACGAGUAUUUUGCCGGCCAGUUAAUAUAAUCUAGUUUCUUGAACUGCAAACCUGCAUUAUAGGCCAUGCCACUUGUGUAUAAAAUAGGUUGAGCUUUGAAUUACAGCAAAUGAAUAGCAACACAAUUUUUGUAUGUCCUGUAAAACGCAAGCUACCUUUUGUUGUAUAUUUCAGGUAUUUAUUGUAUUUAACUUGAGGCCUAAUAUACAUUGGUAAA